AUGCCACGUAAGCUACGUAAGAAUAUACGUAAGAGGAAGGGAGCAUUGAAACACCCAAUAGUAAAACUGACACCACAACAACAGUUGCAACAACAAAUGAUGAAUGACCCCACUAUGUUGCAACAAAUGUCAAGCAACCCUAUGCUUUUAAACCGAGUUAUUGGUGCACAGAGUGGAGGUUUAAGAGCGGCACUUUUAGCGAAAAUGGCAGGCUAUGGUGGAGCUGCAGACGGAACAGCUUAUAACCCUCAAAGUCAAAUGAAUUUGAGUUCACUCAAAAAUCAAAUAACAGAUGUCAAAAAGUCAAACAUAGACAUACAGAAACAAAUAAGUGAAAACGAAAAGAAACUAGAAUAUGACAGACACACAAAGAAACUCAAUGAGUUAAACGUAGAGAAAAAGAAGAAAGAAGAACAACUGAAAGAACUAAGUACAGAGGAAUAUGCGAAAAAAGUGUCAGAAAAAGCAGCAGAAGUAGCAAAAAUGGAACAAGAUGUUAUAAAUUUGAAAAACCAUACUACUCAAUAUAAA